UUCUCCGGGGCAGAACACGCACGCACACAUAUGCACAAAUACACUCGCGCGAGCGCGCGCGCGCGUUCCCACACAGGGGCGCAGACAUUAGCCUGGCUAGGCUCAGCCGCGCCCCCACCCUGCCAAGCUGUGUGAUCAGCACACACGGGAAAGCGCCAUCCACCCACGUGCUGGGGGCGGGGUCCUGGCAGCCCACAUCACCUCCAGAAGGGUCCUGUCCAGCCACCUAGCAGGAAACACCGCAGGACCCCGACGCCAUGUUCCCGGAACCCCCGACCCCGGGGUCUCCAGCGCCUGAGACACCUCCAGACUCCAGCCGCAUCAGGCAGGGCGCAGUGCCUGCCUGGAUGCUGGCUUCCAUCGUGCUGGGCUCCGGCCUCCUGGUCUUCAGCAGUUGUUUCUGUCUCUACCGGAAGCGCUGUCGGAGACGGUUGGGCAAAAAGAGUCAGGCCCAAGCCCAAAUCCAUCUUCAGGAAGUGAAGGAGCUGGGCCGGAGUUACAUAGAUAAGGUUCAGCCUGAAAUAGAGGAGCUGGACCCCUCACCAUCUCUGCCCGGACAGCAGAUAUCAGACAAGCACCAGCUAGGCCGACUGCAGUACUCACUGGAUUAUGACUUCCAGACUGGCCAGCUCCUGGUGGGCAUCUUGCAAGCUGAGGGGCUGGCUGCGUUGGACCUAGGAGGUUCCUCAGAUCCCUAUGUUAGUGUCUAUCUGCUGCCAGACAAGCGGAGGCGACAUGAGACCAAGGUGCAUCGGCAGACCCUGAAUCCACUCUUUGGAGAGACAUUUGCCUUCAAGGUCCCAUACGUGGAACUAGGGGGCAGAGUGCUGGUCAUGGCGGUGUAUGACUUCGAUCGCUUCUCCCGCAACGAUGCCAUCGGGGAGGUGCGGGUGCCUAUGAGUUCAGUGAACCUGGGGCGGCCUGUGCAGGCCUGGAGAGAGCUGCAGGUGGCUCCCAAAGAGGAGCAAGAGAAACUGGGGGAUAUCUGCUUCUCUCUCCGCUAUGUCCCCACGGCCGGGAAGCUCACCGUCAUUGUCCUGGAAGCUAAAAACCUGAAGAAAAUGGAUGUAGGAGGACUCUCAGAUCCCUAUGUCAAGGUGCAUCUGCUCCAGGGAGGUAAAAAGGUUCGGAAGAAGAAAACUACCAUUAAGAAGAACACCCUGAACCCCUAUUACAAUGAGGCCUUCAGCUUUGAGGUGCCCUGUGACCAGGUGCAGAAAGUCCAGGUGGAGCUGACUGUUUUGGAUUAUGACAAACUGGGGAAGAACGAGGCCAUCGGGAGAGUGGCGGUGGGCGCAGCAGUCGGUGGGGCUGGCCUGCGGCAUUGGGCUGACAUGUUGGCCAACCCCAGGCGGCCCAUUGCCCAGUGGCACUCUCUGCGGCCCCCUGACAGAGCCAGGCCAAUACCAGCACCCUGAUUUCUAUCAAGCGAGCACCUGACCCCAGAUCCCAGCCCCUUAUCCCUCUCCCUACCCCCCAAACAUUGCCUUCAUUCCUACCUCCACAUUGGAAAUGUUUCCAAGUUCCAUCCAAUACCACUCCCAUACCCAGAAACCACAGUGAUCCUUAGGGGAGGUGGGAGAGCCAGGGAAGUCUGGCAUCCCCCUGCCCCAGGGUCCUACCCUCUGCUUUGACAAUCAGCUGUGAAACCUCUGGUCUCCUUUCUCCCAGUCUCGUAGCUCUUCCCACACAGCUUGACCCCUGUGCUGCUCUUGGGGCCAAAUAAAAUACUCAAUAGCUU